UCUUGUCUGUAUAUACUUACAAUUAGUUGCACAGAAAUCUCAAAUGUGCCGCUUCUUAUCGAAGUAUAUAGGGACUUUAUUCCGAGAAGAAAUGGUGGAAAAUAACUGAAUCUAAUAUCAUAUGUAUCGUAAUAUGUGUAAACUGCUUUAUCAGUUGCCUCGUCGCAAUAGUUACAUUAAACCAUCUAACACGCACUCAUUAAGCACAUCACUACUCGCACAUUGUCAAAAGCAUUGAGGAGGACGAAUGUGUCAAAGAUUGCGUGUGGCAAGAUAAACGUACGAUACUAUACUACAUACUACAAUACAUUACAGUGAUACUAUUGUGUUAUUGCAAUAAGACAAACGAGAGCAGCAGCUGAGCAGCCAUGAACAUCAACUUCGAAAAAAAGCGUAUUCUCGUGACCGGCACUGGUCAAGGUAUCGGUAGAGAAUUGGCCUUACGUCUCUCCAAGUAUAAGGGAGAGGUGUUUGCGCUCUCAAAAACGCAAAAGAACUUGGACAGUUUGGUCGCGGCUGAUCCGAAAAUUCAUCCGGUCUGCGUCGAUCUUCGUGAUUGGGAUGCAACUCGAAAAGCCGUUCAGAAUAUUUUGCCGAUCGAUUUGUUGGUCAACAAUGCUGGCGUCGGGUACCUCACAUCGUUCUUGGACUCCACACCCGAGGAAUUCGACCUGACUUUUGAUGUCAACGUGAAAGCUGUAUUGAACGUGUCUCAGAUUGUAGCUAAAAACAUGAUUGAACGCAAAAGCGGCGGCAGCAUUGUAAAUUUGUCAUCGCAGGCCGGCGAGGUGGCAUUGAGGGAUCACACCAUUUAUUGCGCGUCCAAAGGCGCUCUUAACUUGAUGUUCAAGACAAUGGCUCUUGAGCUGGGUCCACACAAUAUAAGAGUCAACGCUGUCGGUCCUACGGUCGUGAUGACAGAGCUGGGGAAAAAGGGUUGGAGUGAUCCGCAGAAGGCACAAAAUAUGUUAAAACAAAUUCCGUUGGGUCGAUUUGCUGAAGUUGACGAAGUGGUAGAUGCCGUUGUAUUUUUAUUGAGCGACCGGAGUUCCAUGAUUAGUGGCGUCAACUUGCUCGUUGACGGCGGUUUCGUAGCUUGUUAGUAUACAAAGAAAUUUGAGAUUAUCUUCUUAAAAAGGUACAUCAAAUUAUAUUAUAGUUAAUCUUUAUUUCAAAAUUUUAAAAAUUUCUGUAUCUAUACAGAUUUAACCAAGUGAAAUUAUAUUUUUUAUGAAUAACAAAAUUAUAAGAAAAAGAUGAAAAAAAUAAAGAUCAGUUAUAAUAAUGUGCAUUUAAUUUGCAUGAAAUUCAAUAGGAUUAUAUGAAGGGACAGAACAGCUGAUGGAUAAAUCCAGUGCUUUUUUUCAUUCAUUUCAAUUUAAUUUAAAAAAUGCUUCAUUUCCUCUUUUCUUCAUCUUCAACUAGGUUCGACAAACAGACAACGACAGAGAAAGCUGCGAACAGGCGAGACGAAUCCGUACUUAGCCACAGCUCUGUCUCGCGAGUAUAUUUUCAAAAAUAUUCUACCGAAAUACAGCGCUUGUGUACGUAUAAUUCGCGAGCCCUCCUCUGCCGUGGCUGCAUUCGAUCUAAAUAACGCGAACGCUUUUCUUUCGGCUCCUAAUUUGCUCCUACGAUGAACGUAACGCGGCGAAGAAACUAAGAGAACCUGCUGAAGGAAACAAUACAAAUUGAAUGUGUCGCACUCUCCUUUAGACGUGUCAUUUUUAAUUAUUGACGUCUCAAAUCUGCAGAAUGUCCGAAAAAGCUAUAUGUAUCUAUGAUCCCAUUGUAUUCAGAUUUCAAGUUCAACGAAAAAUUCAAUAGAAUGUAAUGAAUUUUAAUCAA